UUAUAUAUAUGUAAUGCUCAUUGUGCCAAAACUUUAAGUUGGAGAAAAAAGCUGACCGGUUGAGGAAAAAUGGCUAGCAAACCAGGGAUUCUCACUGAAUGGCCGUGGACAUGGCUUGGGGACUACAAGUACAUUGUAUUGGCUCCCUCAGUAGGAUAUUCAAUCUACCCAUACAUGGUUAAAGGAGAAAAUGAGAGAGAUUUGUCAAAUUUCUUGGUGUUACCUUUACUGUUGUGGAGGAUGGUGCACAAUCAACUAUGGAUUUCACUCUCCCGUUACCGAACUGCAAAAGGAAAUAACAGGAUAGUAGACAAGAGCAUCGAAUUCGAGCAAGUCGAUAGAGAGAAAAACUGGGAUGACCAAAUUAUACUGAGUGGGCUUAUGCUCUACACAGUGCCCUUGUUUUACGAGGCAGCUAAACAUCUCCCCUGGUGGAGGACAGAUGGGGUGAUCUGGACAUUUCUGGUUCAUGCUGGCCCAGUGGAGUUCCUGUAUUACUGGCUGCAUCGGGCAUUGCACCACCACUUCCUUUACUCUCGAUACCAUUCCCACCAUCACUCCUCCAUUGUCACUGAACCUAUUACAUCUGUAAUUCACCCAUUUGCGGAGCACAUUGCAUACUUCUUGUUGUUCUCGCUGCCAUUUUUCACAACUAUCUACAUGAAGAAUAUCUCCAUUCUCUCUGUGACUGUUUAUUUUACUUAUAUCGACUUCAUGAACAACAUGGGCCACUGCAACUUCGAGUGCAUUCCAAAACAGCUCUUCUCAAUAUUUCCACCCCUAAAGUACCUCAUGUACACGCCUUCGUACCACUCGCUGCAUCACACCCAAUUCCGCACCAACUACUCACUUUUCAUGCCAUUUUAUGAUUAUGUAUAUGGUACCGCGGACAAAUCUACCGACUCAUUAUAUGAAAGCUCACUCGUAAGGAAGGAGGAAGCACCUGAUGUGGUGCAUCUGACCCAUCUCACAACACCAGAAUCCAUAUAUCAUCUCCGCCUAGGAUUUGCACACUUGGCUUCUGGCCCUCAGAAAUCCAAGUGGUACUUGUGGUUAAUGUGGCCCAUCACUCUUUGGUCCAUGUUCGUCACUUGGAUCUAUGGGCGCACAUUCAUUGUUGAGAGGAAUGUCUUCAAACAACUAAAACUGCAAACAUGGGCCAUUCCCAAAUACAGCAUUCAAUACUACAUGAAAUGGCAGAGAGAAGCAAUAAAUAGUAUGAUUGAGGAUAGUAUACUAGAAGCUGAUGCUAUGGGCGUCCAGGUGUUGAGCCUAGGCCUAUUGAAUCAGGGCGAGGAGCUGAAUAAAAAUGGCGAACUGUUCCUAAGUAGGCACCCUCAGCUAAAAGUGAAGUUGGUAGAUGGAAGUAGUUUAGCAGUUGCAGUUGUGCUAAAUAGCCUUCCGAGAGGAAUAACUGAGGUUGUCAUUAGAGGCAACCUAACAAAGGUUUCCUACUCCAUUGCGGUUUCUUUAUGCCAAGAAGGAAUCCAGGUAUAUACCAGAUUCGAGGAUGACUACAAAAAAAUCAAAGCAAAACUUACAAAAGAAACCGGUGACAAUUUGAUCCUCUCUAAGCACAAUGCCCCAAAGAUAUGGUUAGUGGGAGACGGUCUAAGUGAAGACGAACAGCUGAGUGCACCCAAAGGAACAUUAUUCUUUCCCAUUUCCCAUUUUCCUCCAAAGAAAAUGCGCAGAGACUGCUUCUAUAACAGUACACCAGCAAUGCUGGCUCCCAAGCAUCUAGAAAAUGUUGACUCUUGCGAGAACUGGUUGCCAAGACGAGUUAUGAGUGCAUGGCGUAUAGCUGGAAUACUACACGGUAUAGAAGGGUGGGGUGUCCAUGAGUGUGGAAACAUGAUGUUUGAUAUUGAGAAAAUCUGGCGAGCCAGCCUUGACCACGGCUUCCAUCCCUUGACUAAGCCAAAUCCACCAGGGAAAUGAUUCACACAUUCCACAUUUAAACUCUUAUCUAAAUAGAAAUCUUCAUGUCUACUCAUACUAGUGCCUAUGAUUUAAACACAUAUCUAAAUACUCAGAAUCAACCAACCAUCACAAGGCCUUGUCACCUGUGAUGCUAGUAGCUUCAGAAAAACUCAUGUAAAAUUUUCGACAUCAAAAAUUUCAGAAUGGAUUACUCAA